AUGAAGGAUACGCACACCGAGCUCAAGAAUAAGGAGGCAGGUUUCAAGAAAUUCAGAAAGUUCGCCAAGGAUUUCGAUCUCGAUCCGGUUCUAUUCCCCCUCCUGGCUGACCUUGAUCGUGCACAGUUGAAGCGUUGGUACGAUUCCUUGAUGGUGCUUUAUAGGGCAGUUAAGGAUGUUGUUGCUCAAUCCGGGAGUGAAGGGAUUCAUGCGGCAUUGGCCGAGGAGAAACUCUCCCUACCGAUUUGGGAUUUCCUGUGCAAUAUGCACAGUGGUAACCAAGCGGCCAAUGGAUUUGGCCACGAGGAAUUGGGCCAGUCCUCUGAAGACAAGGACCCUGAUGCGGGAGUGGGGGCUCCAAUUUCCAAUUCGGACGAGGACGAAGGGGAAGAAGCUCCACCCAGCAAACGGGCCACCCCCGAACCACGCAGACUUGGCAAAAGCCAACAUCUGUCCGACCAACUAACGCCUGCCGAGAGGGCGCUAGACCUAUCGUUGGAUGAGGAGGUCUCAGAACCACCAACGGCUAGAUCGACCCCUAGGCUCCCAGCAAGUAGAACCGCGACCGUUUCGACCCCCACCCCUGGAUUGACUGGACUCAAUGGUCGGCCGCCGACUGUCGGCGCCAGCGUGCCCCGCCGCCGGGGCUGGACUGAAGAGGCCCCUAAGAAAGACAACAGUGAUGUGAUCGCCCUGAGGGCCAUGAUGGCGAAGACGCAGGAGACAAAUCCCGCCUGGAUGAUAGACGAACGAGCUCGUUCUGAAGCGGCGCGCAAGGACCAAUGGAUAGCAGACUCGGAGAAGAGGCGAUUGAUGGAGGAGGUUCGAAGAGACAAACGUCGUGAGGCGGCGGCGCGGGACGAACGCAAGGAUCGCCAACGCCAGGAUGACCUGGCUCAAGCCAAACUUGACCGUGAGGAGGCCAAGGUCGAGGCGCAGGCUAAGGAGCGAGCUCGUGAUGCGGAGCGCAAGGCGGAUCGGGAAUUGGUCUUACAACUUGCGGAGGCCAAAGAACGACAGCGCGAGGCGGACCGAAAGGCUGAGCGCGAAGAGGCCCAGUUGGCCAGACAGGAGGAUGCACGUCGAUACAAGGCGGCUCAGGCCCGCCAGGCUUACGAUGCGGCAAUGCUGGCGAUUUUGGGUAACUUGGGCGCCAGAGAGCCCUGA